UGUACAGCAAGAUCAUGGAAAAUGAAUCAGUGGUGACGUCAUUCAUAUUGAAGGCAUACACUGAAUUGGAAGACCAUAGAUAUGUAUACUUCACAAGUUUCCUGUUACUGUUCAUCGCUACGGUAUUAACAAAUGUAAUUCUUCUUACAGUAAUUUAUAUUGAGCGAUGUCUCCAUGAACCCAUGUAUUUUUUUAUGUGUAAUUUAGCAGUUAAUGGAAUUUAUGGCAGUUUAUCUUUAUUCCCAUCAGUACUGGGUAAUUUAAUGUCUCAUACUUAUGAGAUAUCUCUGGCAGCUUGUCUUUUACAGAUCUUUUGUGUACACACAUAUGCUGCAGUUGAAUUUACUAUUUUAGGUGUGAUGGGUUAUGACCGUUAUGUCGCCAUUUGUUAUCCAUUACACUAUCACCAAUUAAUGUCUCAUAGAAGAUUGUGCACCCUUAUUGCAUUGUCCUGGAUUUAUCCGUAUGUUCUUUUUGGACUCUAUUUCAUAUUAACUGUACAGCGGACAUUUUGUGCCAGGUUUAUAGAUAAAGUGUAUUGUGUGAAUUUUGAAUUAGUCAAACUGUCUUGUUUUGAAACUUCUUUUCAGAGCAAAAUUGGCUUUGUUGUAACUAUUUUGGUAUUUGUGCCCCAGCUGCUUAUGAUAUUAUUUUCCUAUGCACAAAUACUCAGAAUCUGCCUGUCUGCUUCUAAGGAAUGUCAGACCAAAGCUAUUCAAACAUGCACCCCACACAUACUGACCGUGAUUAACAAUGCAGUGGGAAUGCUUUUUGAAAUCAUGCUGACUCGUUUCAACAUGAGUCACGUACCUUAUAAAGCUCGCAUAUUCAUGUCCCUUUACGUUAUGAUAUUUCCCCCAUUGUGUCAUCCUGUCAUUUAUGGAAUUAGUAUUCAUGCCAUCAGGGUCCAGAUUGUAAAACUGUUUAGAGCUAAGAAAAAUAGGUUAACGCCACUGCAGGUGAUGACAAAGCAGUCUCAUGAUUAAUUAUUUAACACACUUUUAAGCCAAUUACCUAAAUGAGUAAAAUGCAAUGUCUGCACUCUGGUUCUUUGGUAAGAGGACAAGAAAACUGUUAUUUUUCCAGUCAGGAGAACUCAUGCCCUUUCUCCGAUAUUCAUUUUAUAGUUCAGCAGUCACUCUGAUUCUUAGUCCAAAACACUUAUUACUUGCUAAUGGGUUAAUAGCAUUUGAUGAAUGUAUCACAAUAUUUUUAAA